AUGGAGAAUCAGCGGUUAAAGGUUGUUGAUGCAGAGGACACUCCUCUGUGGAAACAAAAAGAAGGGACUUAUAAAAACUUGGUUAGCACAAAGAGAACAUGGCAUCUCAUUCGCCAAGCUGCUCCUAUAGUUAAUUGGCACACGGGGAUUUGGUUUCAACAAGCCACAUCAAAGUAUGCUUUCUGCACAUGGUUGGCUCUGCAUAACAGGUUGACAACUGGGGAUCGUAUGAUCACAUGGAGCUCAAGCAUUGAUCCAGCUUGUAUCUUCUGUCAACAUGGUAUUGAAAUCCGCAAUUAUUUAUUUUUCGAGUGUGUGUUCACAGCAGCAGUGUGGACUAAAUUAACAAGAGGGCUUCUAGGAACGCACUUCAGUACAAACUGGCAUCCUUUCUCUGCUUGUAAGCAACACUUUGGACUGCAGGGUCCGAUUUCUGGUUCGAGUUGUCUUUCAAACCUCACUACACUCGCUUUGGCGGGAAAGGAAUGA